AUGCCCGGCACUCCCUAUUCUCGGGGAUGCCAAGUCUGCAAGCGCCGGAAGAUUAAAUGUGAUGAGGUCUGGCCGACGUGCACGCCAUGCAAGCGGACGCACCACACCUGCCCGGGCCCGUCCGCCCUCUUCAAGUUUGUCCACGAGGGCCUGGUCGUUGCAGUCGACGCCCGCCGGCGCCGAAAGUCCCCCGUGACCAAUGCAUCCCAGCUGCAGCUGCUGCUUCAGCAGCGCCUGGAGAGCGGGGAUCCUCAUGCAUGGCGGCCCGCGACCUCUGUAAACUGGACUCCAAUCAGGUCCUAUGGCGACAAGAUCGGCUCGUACGCCGUCUUCCGGAUGCACGCCCCCCAGUACGCGCUCACCAGCGAGGCCGACAGCAUCGCCACGCGUCUCAUCCUCAUCAUGGAGCAGGACUCGAACGGCUCCAGCGGCGUCCGCAUGCAGAUGGGCUAUCUCCCAUACCUCCCGAUGCGACUAUCUCGAAGUGAGUCUUUACGUAACUGCGCCGCUCUGUUCUGCUCUGCAUGGGAGGAAUAUCUUCGCUACGAGGAUUCCCGGGAGCUGCUCACCUUUGGCCUGUACAGCAGGGCCAUUCACAGCGUCCAGGCCGCCAUCGCAGAGGAGAGCCCGUAUUCCGUAGAGACGCUUGCCGCGAUGAUCCUGUUGGAGCGUACGGGGACGCUGUUUGGGACCGACCAAGUGACCAACCUGGAGGCACAGUACCGUGGCAUAGAGUGGGUGCUAACGAGGAAGGGGACUCUCAACUUCAGCGACCCUUUUGACGUUACUCUGGCUUUCGAGAGCCAACAUAUUUUGCAUACAGCAUCUCUCAACGGGAGUAGGGGCUAUUUGGCAGAAGCACACUGGAUGAACCUGAUGGAAACAGUGGCAGGAGAGUACCUGGCCAUGGAUGAACUCAAAUGCUUCCCCAGCGAGACCUUUAUACUGAACAGGUCCCUCGGCAGACUAGCCCAGUUCAACGCGGAGGUAAGAACUAUACGGAUGAACCCAGCCGAGAACAAAGAACUCAGCGCAUCCGUGCUUUGCUCCCUGUCCGACCUGGAGCGACCCAUCGCCACACUGAUACACACUACCACCGAGGCGGCCCUUGCGGCGGGGGAUAUCAUUGACGAGCUAGAUGCGACUUCCGUUCUUGGUCACAGCUUCCAUUUCCGAUCUCCCUUCUUUGCCCACGUUCUCGCCGGCGGCAUCAUGUUCCAGAUCCUGCUACUGCGGAUGAUUUACGACCUCGGCGUCGUCUAUGGACAGCCCGACGCCGGGGUGUAUUCCCGUUAUCGUGACGCAUGCGCCAGAUUCUGGCUGUAUAUCCCGUACAUCGCCAAGCUCGAUGCCAUGUCGGCCGUCAACCUCCUUGGCCCGGUUCUACUCUCUCUAGAAGGCGCGAACAAAGCGGAGAAAGCGGUACUCCUCAGCCAGGUUUUGGCGGUGAAAUGCUACCGGCCGCGGUAUCCAGGGGGGGAGAAGCAAUUAGAGGCAAUGGCCAUAAGUUUUGCCAUGCACCGGACGGGUCGGAUAUCUGACGCUCAUGGAGGAGGGUAG